AACAAGACAGGAACACGCGCCUCCACGAAAAGACAUUCGCAAUUAUGUUCUCCAUCCUCUUUGCCAUGCUAGCCGUCGUGUGCGUUUUGGGCCUGGGGUUCGUUCUGGCACUGCAAGUACGUGCAGAACGAUACGGCAAGGCCUCCCUUUCCGCGGGCCCGUCGACUGACCUCAGCCAACUCUGCACCGGUCUGGCAGCAAAUGACUCGUGCCACGAAGCGAUCCGGGAGCUACAAAGAGCCAUCGACCUCGACGCCGACCCCUGCGGCGACUUCCACCAGUACGCGUGCGGUCGCUGGCGACCAUUGCUAGGUGGCGAUGGCAGCUACAUCUCGCGCACAACGAAUCUGUUUAACGGCCUCGUCCACGACACGCUAUUGAACGUGUCUUUCGACAUCCGCGAAGGCAAGCCAUCGGCGUACGCCCCUUCGGUUCACCAGAUGGCGCUGUUCCAUGCCAGCUGCUACUGGAUGUACACGGGCCGCAACUCCGGGGGAAACGUCGUUGACGUCUUGGCAGCCCUGGGUAUUGAGCAAAUGUCGUGGAUCGCGGUGGCGUCGGCUGAGAGGCUUGUUGAGCUUACCGUGAGCACGAGCCUGAGAACUGGACUCUCAGGGUUCGUCAACGUCAGGCUCCUGAAGGGCGAAGUGCACUUUGACAUGGGUUCGCCGCUUGUGAAGACCUUCGUGCUCAAGCCAGGAUUGAGGCAGUAUCUAGUUGAUGCUGUCAUUGAUCUUGACGUGAACAUCAGCGACCCCGUACAAAAAACGCUAGACCUGGAUCUCAAAGUCGAUAGCCUGAUUCUUGCUUCCAGCGAAAGCAGCGUGUUUCGAACGGUCACCAUUCAGGAACUAGUCGAUUUACUUCCGCAAGUCAACUGGAUUAGCGCUUUCAACACGGACCGCCCAACGGCGCUGGGAAAGGUAACAAAUGGAACCACUAUUGCACUGCGUGGUGUUACUUUCAUCAAGGACACCUUACAGAUAUUCCAUGAGGAACAGCUUCCAGUGAUCGGAUUGUACGGUCUUCUAAGUGCACUGUCAAAGGUAAUGAAGUUUUUGUACUACGCCCACCAUGUGAGCUUCGACCAGCCGUUCAUGGGAGUCAGGUGGUGUCUUCUCCAGACGGCCUGGCACUUUAGAAAUCUCUUCCCUGCCUGGUUGGCCAGCAGCUUCUUGCAAAGCAGUUCGACGGCAAGGUUCGUGAAAGCGUUCAACGAGACCAUGGAGGUUGUACUGAGGGACAACGUCGUCAACUUUGGCGUCUACCUCGAGUCGACGCUUCUAAGCCGUACAUUCCUUAAUAUCAUCGGGGAACCCAGCAACGUCCUUGGCAUGUCUACAGAGCCGUUUCCGGCGACGAUGAACGAUACGUUCCUGCCCAACGUGGCGGCCGUGAUAGCAGCGCAGGUCGGCACCGCCGACAGAGAGGAGGUCUUCGUCGAGAGCGAUGCCUUGAUCCUAGGCCAACUCGGUUACGGCCGAAGGCGCGAGGAAAAGUUUGCCAUACCGCCUGCCUUGGUCGCCUCCAGAGGCUUCCUGUCCCUUCAGGUCCCCGAGGUUAACGUCGGCAUGUUCGCGCUUCGCUACCUGAUCCUGAGGGCGAUCUACGAGAGGGCGGCCACGUACCAAGACGCUGGGGUCCCGGCAGCUUCGAAACGUUCUAUCGGAACUUCUAGCAUGGCUGACUACGUGCAGUCCUGCUUUAGGCAGUCGUUCAGGAAAAGCCUCAACAAGAGCCUCGAUGAAGACGUUAUCGAGUCCUUGAUGGGAGGCCGCUGGGCAGUGGCCACGGCCAUGGCAAUGACUGACAAGGACUCUGUGACGUCCUGGCGCCUGGACGCUCGCUCUCGUCGAAAACUGCUAUACCUGGUGGUCUGCGCUUCCGGAUGCGGGGACCCUGACCACGCCGACCAUUGCAGGGACAUGUCCCGCACUAUGCCGGACUUUAUCCACGCGUACGGCUGUGCAGGAGGCGCCGACUACAAAUGCAACUGCAGCGCCGCGAACAACUGCGAGACGCACUUGCCGUCCGUAUAAGACAAUGGGUCUAGUUAGGCCUCACUUGGUCUAGUUAGGCCUAACUUGGUCUAGUUAGGCCUCACUUGGUGUCGGCCAUACCAGCGGUUACAGGUUCCAUCUGGCCGUGAAGCACUCCGAACCCUGAGCUCAUGCUCCGUUUUUUGCACUUUGUGACCGUCGCUUUCCAGCGAGUAAAACAUUUUGUUAUAUAAUUAGCGAAUAAAACAAUAGACGCAGUGCACACGUGAAACAUAAUUGCGCCGGUGAUAAAAUUUGUGAAUGAAGGUUAGAUACGGCGAAUGUCUUUCAGGAAAUUAUGGAAGAAGUUGGUUUGCUCUUCUAGCGCCUCCUAUUGAAUAUUACAUUAUAUAUAAUAUCGUGCUAUAACACAGCCCAAUACAUAAAGUCGUAUGUUUAGCGCAAUAUACUAACAAUUGAAUUAUACCUGUAGUCAAAAACACUACAUAGAAAACAAAACUCAAGCAGUCGGUCAAAGAAGUUGCGGCUCGCGACAUCCCUGUUGCAGGUAGAACAAGCUUUCGUCGAGGACAGGAGUGUCCAUGUUGCCAUCUUGAGACUAAUUCCAAGUAUACAGCAGGCGCUCGGUAUACGGAAAUCGCUUAAACAGAACAACAUCCACAGGGUUGUUUGGUUUUGCAUUAGGACAAUGCCAAAAUAAAUGUUUGUUAAACGGGACUGUAUAUUUCUCCAACUCCGGGUAAACGGAACUGAAUAUAUGGCCGAAAAUGAAGCUGUGCAGCAAAUAUCAGCGGCGCUGUUUGCACCUUUCCUUUGUGGGUUGUUUUUUCACCAGUUCUCGAAAUUGUCGCCAAGGUGUGCGUUUGCUCGCUUUUGUUUGCGCCGUGGUUAGAAACUCUACCAUGGUUAUAGCGUAGCUCUACGGUGGUUGUGAUUCGCUGUGGUUUCUUUGUGUUGACAAUGCCGGUGAACUGUGAGUUUUCUUAGCGUUUCAGAUGGUGGCACGCAGUCACCCGCACAAUGGGUUCAUGCUGGAGACAAGGGUUGUGGUUGCUUCGAUAGCGGUUGCUUCACUGAAACAGCUAUCCUGUGACUUAAAUGAUUCUUUCUUUCUUUUCGUAGUUAUGUUUCAUGCUGCCAGCUAUAGUGAAGCGUCUGUGCGCAAGUAGCAACAUUGCAAGAAGAAGCUUUGCUAGCAGAACUGCUGUAUAUAUCUGCUGUUGACAAUAAACUUGAAUGACUGCGACAAAAUACUGGUGAGAUGAGAUUAAAGGACGCAGAAUACACUAAG